CUUGGCCGCAGGGCGAAAGAAGGAGCUGCAGGAGCUCUACCAGCUGGGCCCGCAGCUGGGCAGCGGCGGCUUCGGCACCGUUUUCUCGGGCAUCCGCCUCUCGGACGGGAGGCCGGUGAGUGAGCGGGAAGGCCGGGCGUGCGGGGAGGGGCAGCGGCGGGCAAGGGCAGGCCUUGAGCUCAGCCCCCCCGUCUCGAUGGCUGGCAGGUGGCCGUCAAACGCGUGGCCCGGGAGAGCGUCCUGCAGUGGGUCGAGCUGGUGAGUGAGCGGGGCCAGCGGCACAGAGCGGGCUGUGCCCCAAGCGUCCCCCGGGCGGGAUGAAUCCCCAUCACCAGGGAGGCUGCCCGAGGGGCCACGGGGGCAUGCCAGGCAGGGCCCGGCGCAGCCACAGGGCAGCGUCAGGCCCGCUGUAGGCGCUGUCUCCUCCUCACAGCCCGACGGCACCUGCGUUCCGAUGGAGAUCGCGCUCAUGGAGAAGGUGGGCUCCGGCUGCCGCUUCAUCAUCCAGCUGCUGGACUGGUUUGAGCUGCCUGACAGCUUCGCGCUGGUGAUGGAGCGUCCGGAGCGGUCGCGGGAUCUCCUGCAGCUCCUGCGGGAGCACGGGUUCCUGAGCGAGGACAAGGCGCGCUGGCUCUUCUGCCAGGUGCUGUGCGCCGUGCAGCACUGCACCGCCUGCGGCGUCCUGCACCGGGACAUCAAGCUGGAGAACCUCCUCGUGGACCCGGCAUGCGGAGAUCUGAAGCUGAUUGACUUCGGCUGCGGCACCUUCCUCCAGGAGCGAGCCUUCACGCGAUUUGCCGGUGAGCCGAGAGCCCCAGCCCGGGCCCUGCUCCCGGUGCCGGGCACUGCACGGCCCCGUUCCCUCCUCGGCCGUGGCCGUGGGGGGCGGCGUUCAGCCGGCUGCCGCCAGCCCUGUGGCACGGGGCGGAGCCGUGUCCCAGGAGCCGGCUGCCGGCCCUGCCCACACGGGGCGGGGGCCGCCAAAGCCGGGCCCCGGCCGCUCGGCUCGGCAGCCCUGCGAGGGCUGGGGCUGCCCCGUCGGCCUUGUCUGCCUUGCAGAAGGGGUUCUUGGCUUGGGCCGGAGGGCGCGGAGUGGCCUCGGGGGUGGGGGGAGGUUGUGGCCGGCAGUGCAGCCCCUGCCUCUGGCAGGAGGCUGGCGCCAGGCUCUGGAAGGCAGCAGCCUGCGGCUGGACAGCGCUGCCUGUGUCCCCUAGGAACACAGGCGUACAGCCCGCCCGAGUUGGUCGCCAUGGGCUGCUACCGCGGCGAUUCGGCCACCGUGUGGUCCCUGGGCGUGCUGCUGUACGCAAUGGUGUGCGGGAGCCUCCCCUUCGAGGACAACCGCGCCAUCGUGCUGGGGCAGCUCUUCUUCGGGCCGCAGGUCUCUCCAGGUUGGUACCCGGCCUCAAGCGGGCGGCUUUGGCAGACGGCAGCGCGCAGCCCGGCGCGGCCCUCCCGCAGCUCCGCGGCCCCUGCCCUCAAGGGCCGGCCGCAGGCAGGAGGCGGCCCCGUGCCGCCGGGCUCCGUGUGGCACACGCCGCCUGAAGGAGGGGGCCGUGUCCCGCCGGGCCGCCCUCCCGCACCGGGCACCGGCGGCGCUCUGGGCCCGGCGCGGGCUCUGAGCACACGCAGCACGGCCCGGGCCCCGCGGGCGUCGGGGGGCGCCGGGCACGAGCCUUCUGCAAGUGACCGCCGCUUUCUGCCUCCUCUCCGCAGAGUGCCAGCACCUCAUCUGCUGGUGCUUUUUCUGGCCACGGCCAUCUUCAGGGAUGAGCCAGUUCUGCCGAGCCCUGAGGCGGGCGGGGCACUGACGGCACAAAGGGGCCGAGCGCUGGCGUGA